CGAAAAUAAAAAUGGAUGGAAUGAAGGCCUUUUGGACUAGUGAUAGUACAACCGUAUUUGUUCCAGUGUCCGACGGUGUGGAAUUCAAGCCGUUUCGCGAAACGUACAAGAUUAUAACGUUCAACAUGGUAGUGGGUAUGCUGUAUCCCACCCCGGAGACCGCCGUGUGCAGGCUUGUUGGAAUUGUUCUGGUACUGAUAUCAAUUGCACCAGCCGCUCUCAUCGCUCUUCUAGACGUGUGGCACAGCUGGCAGAGAGGGGACAUCAUCAACAUCGUCAGACAUAUCACCGUGCUGGGGCCGUUUCUUGCAGUUGUUUUUAAGAUGAUGCUAUUCUAUUACACACGGAACGAGGCGUGGCGUGUCAUCAAAAAGAUUGAUUCAGAUCACGCAAAAUACAACAUGCUUCCAGAAUCGCAUAAAGAAAUCGCCCGUCGUCACAUACAAAAUACACAAUACUACAGCGAAAAAUGCUGGGCCAUAACCGUCGUCGUUACUGUCCUCACGUUUCCAUUCACCGCCGUCGUUCUCAACUUCUACAAUUUCGCAUUCAAAGAGGAACCUGUCAAAUACAUGAUACAUGACCUUGAAAAACCAUUUUCACCCCCCGAAGACAGAUUUACGUCCCCUUAUUUUGAAAUAAUGUUUGGCUAUAUGGCGUACUGUUCGCUGUGGUAUAUUAUUAGUUUUACAGGAUUUGACGCGUUUUUCGGUAUAACUAUUAACCAUGCUUGUAUGAAGUUGGAGUUGGCUUGUAAAAUAAUGGAGGAUGCUAUGUUAGAGAAGGAUAGAGAUAGUAGACAGAGGAGGAUGAAGGAAGUGAUAUUGGAGCAGAAUGACUUUUUCAGCAUGGUGGAACUAAUACAAGAAACUUUCAACUUUUGGCUUGGUUUAAUUGUCAUAGCAACAAUGUGUCAGAUAUGUAACUGUAUGUACCAGAUUAUUGAGGGCUACGGAAUUGAUCCCAAAUACAUAAUUUUUAUUUUGGGCACCAUCGCGCACAUCUAUCUGCCGUGCCGGUAUGCAGCCAAGUUACAAGUCAGCGCACUAGAUGUCGCCACACGUCUAUACUGCUGCGGUUGGGAGAACGUGAACGACGAGCGAGCGCGCAAAAUGAUCGCCUUCAUGAUUGCACGAGCACAAGUUCCAUUAAAGAUCACAGCCUUCAACAUGUUUUAUUUCGAUAUGGAGCUCUUUGUUUCGAUAUUACAAACAUCAUAUUCACUGUUCACAUUACUAAGAUCUUAAUUAAUAAUUA